AGCCUACAGUGUGUAAAGGCUGUGGAGAUCAGACGCGCAUGGGCAUUGUGCGCACUCCAGCAGAUGUAAACUUUGGCUGAUGAAGACACGAAAACAAGCGACAAGGAUCGAUUACUGAACAUUCGCUCUGAGAGAUGGCCUCUUGCUCUGAGUUUUGUGGGUCUGGUCACACCGUCGACUCCGGCUGUCAUGUUUUCGGAGUGCGCUCCUAUCUACACCACUUCUACGAGGAGUGCACAGCCUCAAUGAGGGAGCAGCAGGAGGACUUUCAGGGCCAGAGAUCACCGCUGCGGUGGAGCUCUAGCUUCUGGAAGGUCUCACUUGCCGUUGGUGUGGUGCUCCUGUCAGUCGGGCUGGUGGUCAUGACAGUGGGCUAUUCCAUCCCCACUCGCAUUGAGGCUUUCGGUGAGGGUGAACUGCUGUUCGUGGACCGACAGGCCAUGCGUCACAAUCGCUCACUUCACAUAUGCGUACUGGUCGGCACAGGGCUUCUCACUCUGGGUGGGGUUCUGAUGGCAGGUGGAAUCCUGAUGUCUGACUUCUCCACAACACCCACAAAACAGGAUGACUCAAGACGAGAACGGAAGGGGGGAACCAGAGUCCCGAGUGCAAUAAGAAGCCCAGCAGACCCUGUAAUGAAGCCUCCCAGCCCGGUCUCUAGUGACGGAGGAGUAUCUCCUCUCACUAGGGAUGAUAAAGUUCAGCAGUGCUCGUAAAAGAGCUGUGUGACAAUGCCUGUUCAAAAGUGCGGUUGAAGCAGUCAACUAAAGCUCCUUAUAUAUUUCAAUGAGAAAUUGGGGAGUGUCUUUUUUGUGUUUGACAAUUAUGUGCUAAGAGAAUUAAAUUGGCAAGUACCUGUGCCAUCUGUUGUCCAGCAUUUGUAUAAUUAUCAUCAAAAUCAUUUUUGUAUUUUUUAAUAUAACAGUAUUGAUCAAAUGAAGAGCCACUAAGUGGUUGCAAGGCAGCAAAAGAAAGUUCUGAAUAGUUUGGCGUCCGUAAGGUUUUUUUUUUUUCUGUUUUUUGCAAUUUUACCUUUUUUUUUACACUCUUAAAUUUAUAUUAAUCAAUGUAUCAUGGUUUUCUCAAAAAUAUGAAGCAGCACAACUUUUUUCAUGACCGAGAAUAUUUUUUAUUUUAUUUUAUUUUUUGAGCAGCAAAUCAGCAUAUUAGAAUGAUUUCUGAAGGAUCAUGUGACACUUAAGGCUGGACUAAUGAUAUGGAAAAUUUAGCUUUGCAUCACAGGAAUAAAUUACAUUUUUAAAUAUAUUAAAAUAUACAACUUUUAGAAAUUUAAAUUGUAAUAUUUCACAGUAGAACAAUUUAUAUUGCGUUUUUGAUUAAAUAAAUGCAAUAUUUGUGAGUAUAAAAACAACAACAAAAAAGCUUACCAAACCUUUGAACAGUAGUAUAUGUAUAAAAUAUAAUAUAUUAAAAGUCAUCAAUAGAUAAUUAUAUUUAAAGCAUCUUCUGUGCCCAGUAUAUAUCUUUUAAAGUGUAAAGAUGGUUUAAGAAAAAAAUAAAGACCAACCACAAUUUAGGAUGCAAAUAUGCAAUUGAAAUUUAGAAUGUUGGAAUCUGAAUGCUGAAGGUUCUAAACACAAGUUUGAAUGGAAUCUGAUGUUACAUUGUUCAGUUUGACUUAAUUCAGGAUAAGGUUUAGAUUUUAGCUUAUUAGUAUAACAAAUCCUCUCCAGAAUGUUUGAGCAAUAUCAAUACGGAGCUGCCUUGCAAACACUGUAGAAAUGCCAGUCUGUCUCAAUAAUAUGCACAACUAUUUCUGGAUCCCUGUUAUCUUUUCUUUCAGAUAUUCUGCUCUUAUGCAUAAAAUAUCAGGUAACAGAUUUGUUUUCUUACUGCAUUUUUGCCCUUUACUCUUUCAUGAGCUGCAGUUGUGUGAAAGACCAAAUGGGAUUUACUGUACACAACACCAUGAUUGUCUUGUCUUAUUGUCUCAUUAUGUCAGUGUAUAUAAAUGUUCUUCUCUAAACAAGUCCAAUAAAUCAGUGUCAGCAAUCUCAA